UUAUUGGUUCGAUCGGUGAUUCUUAGGAUUCUUACUGUCUAAAACGGGCAAAUCACCGUCUAAAUGAAUGACACCACAAAUGUACAACGCUCUCACCAACUGAGACAUCCGCUUUCCUCCCCUCGAAGAGUCCAGGCUCCCCCAUUGGCCACACAUUCCCCACGCUUCCUACUUCCUCCUCUUCCCACCCUUCCUCCCCCUCCGCCCUCGUCCCCGACCACUGCCUCCCUCAUCACUCACUCCUUCCUCUCCUACAUCUUCUCGUUCCCCUCCCCGACACCGCCCCAUUCGCCGAUGCCAUCCUACUGCAUCCUUUCUACCGAACACGCACCCGCAAGCUUCGCACUGAAACGUCUGGUUCGAAUGCGUCAAAAGGUGUCGGCGGAGAUCCGAUGCGCGGGAGGUGCUGAUAGGGCAUAACGGGUGUGGACAGGGGUGACGUUUGCCUGUGGUGGCUUUUGCGUUGCUGGAGCUGCGGGCGGAAGCACGCAGACGGGGCAGAGGCUGGCUAGGUCCAGCAAGGGGGAAGUAGGGCGAGGGAGGGGGAGAGGUGAGCGGUGUGCUCUGCCCCGUACUCCCCUCUAUAGAGGAAAAUCCAGCCGUGCUCUGCGUCCUUGUGCUUGUCGUACUCGUCGUCCGUGUGACACUCACGUCGUCCCUCCCGAGUGCGGUGUAUGCACCCUCAUAGGCGUAUGGCUCAUACCGUGUCCUCCUCCGCUCAGAGCGCCUUGGCGUACCCGGAUCGACAAGAUUAUAUAGUAGGGCGUCGAGUUCUGCCUCUGCAUUCUGAGGUAGACGAUUUUUGUCCUGCUCUGAGAGCGGGGUGGGUGAUGUGGGUGCGCUGAUUGGCUGCGUUCUGAGGCUGGUCAAGACAGUCACGGCGGUGAUCUCUGCCUCCUCCAUCUUCAUGCGAUCUUUGUGCCCGAGUGAAUAACGUACAGUGCGCAAACAAGGCAAACAAAAAGAGGAGAGCGUAAGAGCGCAA